AUGAAAUAGUUUCUUCCAGAAACAUAACGUGGAUUUGUAGAUGAAGAAUGUGAAAUUUUGGCUAGAGAGGGAUUAAGAACAUUAGUAUUAACUUAAGAAAUUAAUACAAGAGAAUAUUUUGAAGGAUGGAAACAAAAAUAUGAAUAAGCUUAAUUUAUUGAAAAUGUAACUUAGAGAUUAAUCAAAUUGGAUAUAUUUAGAAAAGAAUUAGAAAUUAAUAUCUAAUUUUAGGAAUAACAGGAGUUGAAGAUAAAUUAUAGGAAGAUGUUAGUGCAACUUUAGAAAACAUCAAAGAUGUUGGAAUCAAUGUAUGGAUGUUGACUGGAGAUAAAAUUGAAACUGCCAUUUGUAGAGCAAUCUCAAGUGGAAUUAAGUCUGCUACAUAAGAGAUAUGUCUAUUAAAGGAAAUUAUUGAUGAAGAAACACUAUUAAAAAAACUAAAAUAAUUUGAGACAAAAAUCAAUCAAUUAUUAGUUAUUGAUGGUACAAGUCUCUAAACAGCUUUUAAAAAAGAAGAAGAUGUUGUAAAAAAAGUACAAUUUAAUCCAAAAUAUUAUAUUUUUAUAAUAUUUUGGAUUAAGCAUUAGAGUUUCUACCAGUUUACAAAUCAUUACAAAGGAAUAGAGAUUUAAAUUAAAAGACUUUUUUGAUUUAGUGUUGGAAAGCUACUUAUUAAGGAACAAUUAUUAUGAUUUUGGCUUUACUUUUAUAUCAGAAUGUAUUCUUGUUUAUAGAAACAGCUGCUUUCACCUCUUUAAUUAUAACUGAAUAUUGUAUGAGUUUUAGUGAAUUAUUAAUAUUCCAUCAUAUUAGCUUAAUUCAUUUCAACAAUUGGUUUCACUAUAUUUUAUGUGUUAUCCAUGGUUCUGAUUCCAGAAACCCUAGUAAUUGGAGAAGUACUAAAUGGAACUUUUUGGAUUAAUACUUUGAUCAUUAUAUUAUUUAGUUGGUGUCCCAUAUUUAUAUAUUUAUUAUAUUAUAUAAACUAUUUUUGAAAAAUAAUGGUAUAUCAUUGAUAUUAUUUAUUCUUAGAAUAGUAAACUAAGUGGGAAGAUUAAAAAGGCUCCAGUUGUUGAGGAAAUAUAAAGUAAGAUUAUCAAUUUGAAUAUAGGCAAGCCAAGAACCGAAGAAUAAAUAUAAUCUGUUGUAAAAAAUGUUAGGAAUGGAGAUGUGUCUAAUCCCGAAGUUGUCCUUAUUGGGGAAGCUGAAUUAUAAAGAAUGAAGGUAUUACUUAUAUUUUCUAUAUUUCCAGAAUAAUGCUAUCAUAACGACCAAAGAAGAAUAAUUAUACUAAAAAAAAUUGCUAGAGGAAUAAAAAGAGAAGUAGAUGGCUGCAGCAAAAGCUAAAAAGCAAAAGAUGUUACAAAUGGAAGAAGAAAAGAAAAAAUAAGUGCCUCUUUCAACUUAGUAAGAAGAAGAUAAAGUGGUUAAAGAUUCACUUAUUGCAAGGGUAAAUUAUUGUUUUUAUUCUUUGUUAGGCAGCAGAGAUUAUGAAUGAAUAGAUGGAUGAUGUAAAGGAAAUGAACAAAAUGGUUAUGUAUGCAAAAUGUGUAACUGUUCGAGAUAAGCAAUUAUAAGAAAAGAAAGAACUUCAUGAAUAAUAUAAAGUAUAAGAGAAACGUAAAGAUUUAAUGAUGGAAAUUGAAAGACUUAAAUCUAUUAAAUAUCAUGAAGAAAAAGAUAAACAUAGAAAAAUUGAAUAAAAACAUGGUCAUGAUAUUAUUAUUGAAUAAAUAAAGGAAAGAGAACUUAUUCGUUUAAAAGAUAAAGAAGAAUAAGAAAGAGAAGGAUAAAUAAUGCUUAAAUAAAUUAAAUAGCUGUAAUAAGAAGAAUAAUAGAAAGCUAUGCAGAAGAAGAUUACUUAAUAAAAAGUUUAAGAAGAAAUCUUAGAAGCAAAUGAUAGAGCUAUUUUAGUGAAAGAGAAAAGAAAAUUGGAAGAAAGAGAGGAAGAAGAAAUGAUUGUCAAAUACAAUUUAUAAAAAGCAUAGAAGGAAGCAGAAUUAUUAGAAGAAUAAAGAAGAAUCAAAGAAGAAAAAGAAAGAGAAGUUUAAAGAUUAAGAGAAAUGCAAGAAAAAGCUUAAGAUAGAUAAGCAGAAUUAGAUGCAUUAAGAGCAAAAAGAGCUAUGGAAUAAAAUGAGAGAUAAGCAAGAGAAAAAGAAAGAAAAGAAGCAGAAUGGAAAAUGAAAUUAAAUCAUGAAGUUUAAGAAGCUAGAAAAUUACAAUAAUUUGAAAAACAAGAACGAUUAGAAGAAUAAGUAUAUUAAAAUAUUUAUAUAUUUUAUUAGGCUAGAUUAGAAAGAGAUGAAUUUUAAAGAGUAAUAUAGAAAUAAAAAUAAGAGAGAGAAAAUGAAUUAAAAUUACAUCAUGAAAAAGAAGCAUUAGUAAAAAAGCAUGCUGAUGAAUUAAGAAAAUAAAUAUCUCUUAAUGAAGAAAAAAGAAAAUAAGAAGAAAGAGAUAAGUAUAUUCAUUAAUCUUAAUAUUUUAAGAUUAGAGGAAGGUAAAAAAAUUAGAGAUAAAAUGUUAAAUGAGAAGAAAUUAUUAGAGAAUAUCAAAGAAACUAAAUUAAAGACAUUAAAUGACAAUGCAAUUCCAGAUAAAUAUAAAGCAGAAUUAUCAAGGAAAAAAAUUAAUAUAUUAAUUUGA